AUUUGCAAUAUUUCGUUUCGUAGCAAAAUUUUGUCAAUUUAUAAAACAGCUGUCCUUAAUAUCUACAUGAAAAAAUACUUUUAAUAAUCAAACAGUGUUAUGUAGUCAUUUAUGAGAUAGGUGAUGAAUAUAGUAUGAGAUACAUUUAUGAGUAACGACGUAAAACAUUCGUGACCUUUUGUAUUGCUUAAGAUGUCGAUUCCUCCACUUGUCUGCAGUACACCACCUCCUCCUGAACAAUGCGAAGAUGAAAAAGAUCUUGAAGAAUUCGACGUUCAAUAUAAUCUAUCUCAGGAUGAUGAAGAAUGUAGUGAUUACUAUGGACACUAUUCAUCAUAUAGUGUCGAAAUCUCAUCAUUAAAACAUAAUGACUUGCAAGGCAAUUCCGUUUUGGAGGAUGAAAACACAAAGCAAUCUGAUAUAGUAAUAGAUUCAAACCCCACUAUACAAAAUAAAAUAAAAUAUGAAGAAGAUACUAACAUAGAAGAUUUGAAUUUACAAAUAGAUGAUGUGGGAUCACUCAGUGAACUGAAUGAUUCAGCUAAAGAUUCAGUGAAUGAUUCAGCUAAGGAUCCUGUUGAAGGUAAUGUUGUAGAUAAUUCAGCAAACACAAAUGUGAAAAAUGAAUUUAUAAAAAAAUUACAUGAAGAGGGUAUUAGUACAGGGGAAAAUUUUCAUUUCAUACCUGUUGAAGAAGAAAAGGAAACCACAGAUCAACAAGUUGAAAUGGUAGAAGAUGAAAUUAUUAGAGACACACUACAGAAUGCUCCAAUUGAAACAGAAAUUGAUGAUAAUUCUGUCAUUGACCUUCAACAUGGAUUAAAUAACACUAAAUUAGAAAAUGAUCCAAAUGAUGAUUUUGGUGAAUUUGAUGAUUUCAAUUCAAAACAAACUGACAGUACAUCUGUCUUUAUUGAGAACUAUACCAAUCCUUGGGAAAGUGAGGAAGUCAACUCAGAUUUUGGUAAUUUUACAGCAAAUUUUGAUGACAAUCAAAGUCAAUUACAAAAUACAUCCUCGAAUUGUGAUGAUAGCAAUUCAGAGUUUGGAGAUUUUAUAGUGAACCCAAAUAAUGAUAGUCAAACACUAAAAUCAAAUGAAAGCUGCACGGCAUCAGAAAGUAGAGAUAUUGUUGAAAAUAUCAGUGACAGUGCCCUUAAAGACUCAAAUUCAAAUAGUGAAGAUGAUGAUGAUGAUUUUGGUGAUUUCGAUGAUUUCAAGUCAUCAGUCUCUCAUGAUGGAAAUACAUUAGCCUCACAUCUAGAUGAUCCAGGCACAGCUGUAUUUAAUUUGCAUUCAAGUGACAGUAGUGUUCCAGUUAUAGAGAAUAUAAAUAAAGUAUUACAAUGUAUAUUUGAAGAUGAAAUAGUAAAACCUCAAAAUGAAAUAAAUAUUUCUAUAGAAUCUGUGCUGGGUGAAACAUGGGGGCAUUUAACAGAAACUGAUGUUAGACAGCCUUACAUAGUGAAUUGGAAUCAUUCUUUUGGUCAAAAAACCCUAUUAAGGGCAUUAUGCAUUGAUUCCAGAAAUAUUCUUUUUGGUCACAAGUGGAAUCACAGUAUGCCCAAAUAUGCAGCGAACUUAGGAGCAGCUCCUCUACAACCGCAGAAGUCUACAUCAUCAUCAGUAUUAUCUCCCAAUGAAGAUGUCCCCAAUGAGAAGUCUACAAGUAAAAGCACUCCAUGGGUGGAUCCGGUUGAAGGACAACAGUCUUGCAAGACUGAAAACGUAAGAACAACUCCUGAAAAUCGACCUACUGACUUGCAUGUGUUUGACGCUAUAGCAACGACAAAAGCUGAAAAGAUAUAUUCAAGCACUAUUAAUGUGCAACCAAUACGACAGAUAAGUUUACCGGACACACAUAUAUUUACACCGACCGAUUCAGAAAUACCUCGAUCGAAAACAAUACAUUACGACAGUCAGCCAACAGUUCUUAUACCUCAAACGACUGAAAAUAAACAUGAAGCUAUUCCAGAGAAGUUUACAGAGUGUUCUGUAUCACGUUCAUCUAAUCACAAAUCUGAUGAUGACGACGAGUACUGGGAAUUUCAAGAUUUUAAAAGUACUCCAUGUGCCACCAAUUCAACAGCAGAAAGAAGUCAAACAAUACAACAAAAUAAUUCAAAUUCACCUAACAUGGCUUCAGAGAGUUCCCUUUCGCAGACUGUAACAUAUCAGACCCAAAUAUUACAGCCGAUUAAAAUGGAACCCAUAUUUCCCACCCUAAACUGGCCAGAUCCUGGGGAGGUGAAAGAAGUAUUUAAUGAUUUUGCAGAGUUCGCUUCAAGCUCUUCAUGGAGUGGUAACCAAACUUCAAACCAAUUAGAAAUUAAAAUUGACUCGUCAGUAAACGAUUCUAUCCAAAAACCUUUAAAAGAAGAUUUAACACUAAAUAGUGAAUCAGUAACUUUUAGUAAUACUGAUGACGACUUCGAUACAUUCCAAUCAGCAUUACCAACACAAGUCCCGGUCAAGAGUCUAACGAAUUGUAAAGAUAUUAAUAUUAAAAAUACAGCCCACAAUAUGGUUCAAGACGUAAACUUUGAAUGUGAUUUUCCUAAAAUUAAAAGCGAUAACUCAAACACGUAUUCAUUGUACAACUCAACAGAAUUAAACAAUGCAAACGACAGCGAAACUGUGUUUGGAACAGGAUCUAAAACAAAGGAUGUUUCGAAUAAUUUUAUGGCGGUGCACCCUACCAUCCACAGUAAUAUCUUACAACCGACAUCGAUUGUUCCUGUUUUUUCGCCUCCGAUAGCUCAACAAAGCACUGGGCAAAUUUUGCAACCCCUAACUUUAGAGAGCUUCUCGCAAAUCAAUUGGCCCAACCCGGGUAUAGAUUUGCAGGAUCUGUCAAGAUUUAAUCCUGUCGAAACGUUACAUUCCUUAAAAACAGACUUGAGCGUGAACCCGAACAAGAGCUCACCUAGUCACAGUAUUAAAACAACCGUUAACAAUUUAACAGCAGAGGACGAUGUUUGGGGCGAAUUCGUAUCGGGUAAGCCACAGGUUUCCGCCAAAAAGCACACAGUGGACGAGGACGAGUGGUCGGAAUUCGUUUCGAGUCCUUCUGUAAAACCACAGAACGGUCUAAGCACAAUAAGCCUAAACGUUCACACUAAUUUAAAUUCCCAGAAAAGUACCAAUAAAUUUAUCGCGAGAAAAAGUGAAAUACCACUUGAUAUUCCAGGUUUAAAUUAUAUUACCCCCAAGUCCAAUAAUUUAAAGACACACACUGAGAAGCAUUUCCAAAAUUUAUAACAAAGUUAUCGAAUUUUAAUAUAGUUAUAACGAAUGUAUGUACUUAAUUUGAUAUAACAAUAAUCUGGUGAAGGGCGUAGCUUUUUAAUAUAUGUAUUGUGAUCUUUAUAAAUAUAUAAAAUUAAUAUUUAAGUUUUAAAACUAUUCUUGAAACAUUAAAAUACUUAAUAAGUUUCGGUCGGUUUCCUAGUCCUGUGUUACCUGCUUACUGAAUAGAAUCUUGCAAUAUUUCAAUAUAAUUUAAAGGUUUUAAGAUGGACGUGUGAGGCACGUCAAAAUUAGAUGUCGAAAACCAACUGUACCUUUGUAGAAUGAAGGUACUUUAAUGAAAAAUUUAUAAAUUCGAUUCACACUAAGUAAAAGCUGUUCGUAACAACAGGUUUGUCUUAUGUACAGAGUUAACUGAAUGUAGUUGAAGCCAUAGAAAUCAAUAGUUGAAACAUUUCAAAACAUGUAAUACUUAAUAAUUGUGAGUAGUGGAAUAUUAGUGUAGAAUUCUAAUUGUAACUGCUCGUUUAUCGAGUGUUAGUGUGAUACCCGUCCUUAUCAUUGUACGUAGAAUAUAAUUAACGAAAUUAAUUUAAGUUAAAGAAAUUUUAUAA